AUGACAAAGGAUAUCGACGUUAAACAAGUUGGAAAGACGCCAGGACUCGAAGUGUGGCGGAUAAAGGACUUCAUGCUGAAAGCAGUACCAAAAAACGAAUAUGGUCUAUUCCACAGCAAUGACACCUACAUCGUCCUGAACUCAACUCAUAGUGGAUGGGAUGUCCACUUUUGGCUCGGUGAAACUGCUUCACAAGAUGAAAUUGGAACAGCUGCUAUAAAAACAGUGGAAAUAGAUCAGGCCCUUAAUGGUCUUCCAGUACAGCAUAGAGAAGUACAGUAUCAUGAAUCGUCACUGUUCAUUUCAUACUUUCCGAACGGCAUCAGAUACUUGGCGGGAGGUCAUGAGUCCGGGUUCAAUCACGUAGAGGACGACUUCAAGGACUGGAAACCGCGAUUGUUCCACUGCAAGGGGAAAAGAAACGUUCGCUGCUAUCAGGUUGUUAUGAAAAAGGAGUCACUAAAUAUUGGCGAUGUAUUCCUAUUGGAUCUCGGCAAGAACAUCUACGUCUGGAUGCCAGAAAAAAGUGGACGUCUUGAAAGAAUCAAGGGAAUGGCUAUUGCCAAUGAUAUUGCAAAAUUUGAACGACAAGGGCGCACUGAUGUUCACAUUUUGGACGUUGACUGGGACACUAACGAAGAAUUUUGGUCACAUUUUGGUGGUCCCAGUGCUGUCAAGGGUAUAACGAGAGCCCAAAACGAUGACGAGAAUUACUGGAAGGAGACAUCUGAGAAACUGAAUCUCUGGAAGGUAUCAGACGUAACUGGUAAAAUGAAGGUUACACAUGUUGCCCAGGGACAAAUCAAGCGUAGUCAGUUGGACUCAAAGGUGAAGAAGGAAAGCUCAGUUUUUGGCGGUAUUGUCGGAAGUGUAGACGCCUUCGUCGUUGAAGCUGGCCAUGCUGGUAUUUUCGUGUGGAUCGGCAAGGAGUGCACGUUAGAAGAACGCGCUAAGGCCUUGAACAUUGGAGCAGAAUUUAUUAAAGAGCAGAACUUGCCUGCCUGGACAACGGUGACUCGAGUGCUUGAGUCUGCUGAGCCGGCAUCGUUUAUGCAAUGGUUUGAUGAAUGGGUCGAUAGCAAGUCAAGUAAAACCUUCAAACCACGCCUCUUCCAAGUGUCAGAUAGGUCCGGAGGAAUAGUCGUGGAAGAAAUCGCCAAUUUCACUCAGGAGAGCCUCGACGGUGACGAUGUCAUGGUCCUUGACGCCCUGAACCCCAUAUAUGUUUGGGUAGGAGAAGGCGCUACUCAAGAUGAAAAAAAGAAUGCCGUUUAUACAGCUGAGAAAUAUCUGAAGCUCAGUAAAAUACCUCGCGCUGAAAAUACAACAAUUGAAACGAUAUAUCAAGGCAAGGAAACGCCUGGAUUCAAAAAACUGUUCCCAAAAUGGGAUGACAACUUAUUCACAAGUAAUGAACGUUCGGUGGAAAACAUGAGAAAACUGCUAUUCAACUAA